AUGGAGACGCAGAAGGCAGAGUUAGAAGCACUGAAGCUGAAGGAUUUGAAAGAGAAAAACUAUCUUUUCCAGGCAAUUGAUCGUUCUACUUUAGAGAUAAUUAUUUGUAAAGAAACCUCCAAUCAAAUUUGGGACUCUAUGAAAACGAAAUUCCAGGGGACAGCAAAGGCAAAGCGAGCACAACUUCAAGCACUUCGCGCUGAUUUUAAGACUUUACACAUGAAGAUAGGAGAGUUGGUUUUAGAUUACUUCUCGAGGAUGAUGGCAAUUGCAAACAAGAUACAGAUUCAUGGCGAACAUCUGGAGGAUGUCACUAUAAUUGAGAAUAGUCUUCGAUUUAUGACAAUAAAAUUCAAUUAUGUUGUUUGCUCGAUUGAGGGAUCUAAUGAUACUGUUGUACUUUCAAUUGAUGAAUUGCAGAGUUCUUUGUUGGUUCAUAAGCAAAAAAUAAAUUUACAAGACAAGGAGGAGCAACCAUUAAAAGUCUCAUCUAAUAAUAAUUUUUCCAUCUCAAAUAGAGGAGGCCGAAGAAGAGGCAAAGGCAGAGGAAGCAAUGAUUGA